UAAUAAAUCAUUCAAACGAUCGGUUUGUCAGUUGUCAGUGAAUUCAUAGUUUUAAUAAAAAACAGUUGACAUCAUCUGCUGAUAAGUGAAGAUAUUUUUUGUUUAUUAAAUCAAUUAAAAAGACAGUUAGUUAUGGGUCAGCCAGAGAAGGACAAGAAGAAGGGCAGCGAAGACAAAGGAAAAGUAAAGAAGUCGACGUUGGAUUCUAAGAAGUCGUCAUCGGAUCCUAAGAAGUCGUCGUCCGACAAGAAAAAGCCAUCAACCGAUCCGAAAAAGUCAUUGAAACCGUUAUCCGAUCCGAAAAAACCGUCAACAGAUCCGAAGAAGCCAUCAGCGGACCCUAAAAAACCAUUGUCUGAUCCGAAAAAGGCUCCCAAUAAGCCAACAUCUGUUCAGAAAAAGCCAUCGUCUGAUCCAAAGAAAGAGGGAAGCAGUGGUUCAUCCGGUGCUCAGAAGUCGAGCGAUAAAAAUAAAGUGGUUUCCGAUACAAAAUCAAAGACCAUUCAAAAGAGUAGCGGUUCUUCAGGGCUUCAGAAGAAGAAAUCUGAUCCAAAGAUUACGCCAAUAAAGUCCGGACCAAUGAUCGGCCAAAAGAAAUCAGAGCCGAUAAUUGGGACCAAAAAAUCUGAACCUAAAAUCACCACUAAAUCCGUACCAAUGAUCGACAAAAAGAUAUCCGAACCGAAAAUCGAGUUUAGAAAAUCGGAACCAAAGAUUGAAAUGAAGAAAUCGGAGACUUCUGUUAAGCCCAUAGACCUAUCAGCGGCUCCGACAGUGGACUCGGAGUUCGGUAAGAAAAAACCGUCCGAACCAAAGCUGCCGACAAAAAAACCGUCCGAACCUAAAGUGGCCACUGCUUCGGCCGACAAUUCUGCUGUCAGUGGCGGCGGCGGCGCUACUGUCGAUACGACAUCAAAACCCGAUGACAAACCCAAAACCACUUCAUCUGAUGGAACUCCGGCCGACAGUUCGACCAAUGGCUUAGCGAUUGCACCGACGAAGAACAAUGAACUCGUGAAUACAAGAGGAACACUGUUUUCGCAAUUAAGAAACAGAGCAAACAAAAAUAAAUUCAAUGAUUCAAAGAAGUCGUCGACUGAAGCAAAGAAACCAUCAACGGAUCCAAGCAGUGGUUUAUCCGGUGCUCAGAAGCCAUCGAACGAUAAGAAUAAAAUAGUUUCAAAGACUAUUAAAAAAACUAGCGGUUCUUCCGGGCUUCAGAAGAAAAACGGCAAAAACGAGUCAUUGGUUGACCUAAAUAUUCUUAGGUAUCGGUACCGUGACAUCAAUGAAGAUCGAGUAUCUGAUCCAAAAGUCGUCACAAUUAACGCCAGUGAUAGGCGCGCUGGACGUGGCGCUAAGGGAUCUUAUCUGGAUUCACGUUGCCUGACCGUCAUUGAUGUCAUACUAGAGGUUUAUGACUUUUUAGGUACUUGUUUGCAAAAAGAUGAACCUGAGUAUUUUGUUAAAUAUAUUUCACAAGAUAUACUCAAUGUUCACACGGAAUAUAAUCUCUGCGAUUGCCGCAACAACUGGACCGUCACAGUGGCCAAACUAUCAACAAUAUUGACUUUUGAUGCUGAACUAAACUAUCUGACCUCGGUCACACCUCUUGGGAAACGUUAUGUCAAGUUUUCACUUACAUACGACUUCAAGAGUUCAAAUUCACCUCAACGAUACAUAACUGUUGCCGUUGAGAAACAGGUAGCUUCCCGAGGACCGGCCGCUGGACUCACGCCAUCGUUGACACCGAAUCGAUCGCUAGGACGGCCGUCGUCACAGAUUUAGUGAUUCGCUUUACCAGUUUAUCACCAGUAGUUGUAUUGA